AUGUUCUCAACCUUCACGGGCAACUCCAAACGCCCGCGAAACGUCAACCUCAGCGGCGCCGCUGGAAACCCCUUUGCCAACACUUCCUGGAGCCCCUCCAACGCCUCCAACACCACAAAGACCAUCUCAGCCGCUCAGACCGAACGAGAAAAGCGCCAGGCCGAGCGACAGCGCCUCAAGGCUGCCUCGCGUAUCCAACGAACAUGGCGGGGUCACAACGCACGCUCCCGUCUUGCCGACCGCCGUCGCGCCGCAUUUGAUUCUUUGUACGCCGUUUCAGCAUCUGCUGGUAACACCGAAAGGCUUCAUCGAUCAUUCAGCAUAUUGCUCUCGUUUUGCCGACCAACCCGAUUCGAUGAUCUCCAACGCUUGCUGCAGUAUGCCAGUGAUGCUGCCAACGUCGUCGAGCUGGGCAACCUCUGGCCUCAGAACACACACUCGUCUCGCAUCCGCCUGUUAGUCCAGAUCAUAGUCUCCGCCUUGGCGUCUGCUUCGAAGAAACGUAUUCUGACUGCCGAGCUUCGCGUUUCUCUUCAUCUUGCUACCCGAGUAUUACAAACCGUGCCUGGAGCUUUGAGCACGUCUAGAGACGAAUAUUUCGCCACCUUGGCUUGUAUCUGUCAACAAGUAGAGAGCGCGGACUGGCUUCGAGACAUCACCCAAAGUAUAUCGGUAGCUCUCCAAUCAGUGUCUCAAGCUUACAAAUCUUUCACUUCACAUUUCUUGACUAAGGCAAACAUCACCCUCUUCGAGACGAACAUCGACAGCUUCGCUUCCAUCAUCGAUGCCAGCCAACUUGGCGAUGCAAUCGCAUGUAUUUAUGCCUUGCCCCGCCCUUCAACCGCAUCUACAGACGAUUUGCUAUGGCUUCUUGCUCAUUUCGUGCAGCUCACCAGAGCUCAGAUGCACUCGAACGCUGGCGUGGGCCAAACUCGCUCUAUUUUUACCCAGCUCUCGGCUCUCUCGUCCGAGAUUAGUGCUCGUAUGACACCCAAAACACCCACAGCCGAAUUAAAAGAGGAAUUGGAAAAUCAACCUCGUGUCGACCCGUAUAUUUCCCAUCACCUUUUGUGGCUCAUUAGCAAUGAGGGCACGUCAAAAAUACUGCGAGAUUUCACACUAAGCUCCAUUCAACCAAGCCGCGACGCCCUCCAAAGUACCAGCCUGUUGGCGGGCUAUCUGCUCACGCUAUUGCAGAGCUUCCCUAACGAUGCUGACGACAUACGCAUGAAACUGUUUCUGGAACAAGUCACAACUCAAUCGGGAUCUGUUCCCACGGUCAAUUUCCUUUGGCAGAUGGUUCAAGAAACCACCGUCUUUCAAUCUCUCUGUAGAGAAUCUGGGCAUCCGAUUGAAGUUUUGAAGCAAUACCUUCGAAGUCUGACCCAAACCGAGGAGACUGUCGAUGACCAAGAAUGGCGCGUCAUUCUCCUGUUCCUCGAAUUAUACACAUUUGUUCUGCGACUGAGUGACGACGAAGAUUUCUUCAGUGGCAUCCACCCGUCUCCGUUACGAGACAACUCGUCACUCUCGCGUAUCCAGUCUUGCAGUUUGUCUUAUGAGGAUGUCAAGUCUCUCACCCUUUUCCUCAAAAAUGUCGCCUUCACGUUGUACUACAGAGCUCGUGAGCUAUUUCCGACCGAGAGACAGCCUCAAGACGUGGAACAGUCUCGAUUUGACUCGUACUUUGCGCCGGGCUCAAAACAACCAGGGGAACCGAACUCUGUCAGGAGCAACGACUUCAAGCCAACCGAGUUGGAAAUUGAUAGCCUCCGCGAAAUCAUAACCAAUGCCAUGACAAUGCUAUACGAAAGAGACUCCCGCAAACAUUUUCUUCCCAAAGAUCAUUGGCUCGUCACAGAUCGGUUGCAAAAAGAAGACUUUGUGUCUGCCGUCAUCGCGGAGGAGGAGCGUCAACGUGACGAGGAAGCUCUCGAUAAUGAUGACGAAACGGAAGACAGUGAUGAUGAGGAGCCCGCUCUUGCUACAGAAUAUCCUCACAACCUCGCCAGCUAUCGACUUACAAGACAUGCUAGAAUGGAACGACUGCGCGCGCAACAAAAGAGGGCUCUACGGGAACGCCGACUAGCAGAAUUGGGCCCUAAGCUGGCAAUCUUGAAGCACAUGCCAUUUGCUGUCCCAUUCGACACCCGUGUCAUGAUCUUCAGGCAGUUCAUCGAACUGGAUAUCAACCGAAGGGAUAAUCCUUUUCUGUCCUACCAGGCGUUCGCCAAACACACUGCACAGAUUCGGAGAGGCCAGCUGUUUGAGGAUGCCUUUGAAGAGCUUUACAAAAUUGGCGACGGUUUGAAGGAUGCGGUACAGAUUACCUUUGUUGAUCAAUUUGAUCAGCCUGAAGCCGGAAUCGACGGUGGCGGCGUCACCAAGGAGUUUUUGAUCAGUGUCACAUCGGAAGCUUUUGGGGAUCAGGGCGGUUCCCUGAACAUGUUUACUUCGAGUCCUGACGGACUCUUGUACCCGAACCCAACUGCUGUAGACACGAUCAAAGAGACAAUGAGGGAAGGCGGGCUCAACGAAUUGUCUCCGGAGUGGCGCCGCAUUCUCAACGAGCAACUAAAACGAUAUGAAUUCCUAGGUCGGAUCGUGGGCAAAUGCAUGUAUGAGGGCAUCCUUGUGGACUUGAACUUUGCCGGCUUUUUUCUCCUCAAAUGGCCCUCGUCUGGACCCAAGGAGGAAAACAACUACAAGGGUAGCAUCAACGACCUGCGCGACAUGGAUGAGGAACUGUACAAGGGCAUGCUGCGGCUCAAAAACUAUCCUGGGGACGUGUCAGAACUUGGCAUCGACUUUACCGUGACAGAUCAAGUGUCAAUGCCUGGAGCGCCGAUAAAGACGGUCACAAAGCUGUUGGUGGCCAACGGUGACCAGAUCUCCGUGACCAACGACAACAGACCGCUGUACAUUUCCUACAUGGCUCGACAUCGCUUGGUGUAUCAGCCUGCUGUGCAGACGGCGGCUUUCCUGCGAGGGCUUCGUGCCAUCAUCCGGCCAUCCUGGCUGUCCAUGUUCAACCAGUCGGAGCUUCAACGACUUGUCGGCGGCGACUCGUCCGAGAUUGACAUUGAGGACUUGCGCCAGAAUACAGUGUAUGGCGGUUUGUACGAGGUUGGCGACGACAAGCGCAAUCAUCCAACAAUCGACCUGUUUUGGAAGGUGGUGGGUGGGUUUACGGACGAGCAGCGCAGAGACUUGCUCAAAUACGUCAGCUCGACGCCCCGCGCGCCGCUGCUCGGGUUCUCGCAGCUCCGGCCACACUUUAGUAUUAGAGAUGCAGGAGCCGACGAGGAACGCUUACCAAGUACGAGCACGUGCGUCAACUUGCUCAAGCUGCCGCGAUACAAGACUGAGGCAACGCUACGGGAAAAGCUGCUUUACGCGAUUACGUCUGGUGCAGGAUUUGACUUGAGUUAG